AGAUAAGUGGGAAAUUGAAAAAAAUACUCUGAGCAGUUUGGCGCCCGAAAGCAGAAACUGGGCGAUUGUGACACCCGAACCGGGUCACCCGCCAAUCCUGCACCCCACCGGGUCACACCACCGUCCCCGAGCACCCCCCCACCCGGGUCACUCCGUGCGCCCGAUCCCGCCGAACCGUCUAACCGGCAUCACCCCACCCGGCUGUCUUCCCGUCCACGUCACCCCACCGGGCCAAUCAGGUGACCCUGAAUCCGGAUCACACCGUCACCCGCCGGCUGGAGAGGAGGAGGAAUGACCCGAUCCGGGUAGGAGACACCCGGGAGAGGGCCCGUAUGUGAAGAUAUACACAUUACUGUGAGGAAAACAACAAACACAUCCAAUAUGGAGGAAGCUCAGAAAGAAAAUUCAAUUUUGCACUUAAACAAAAGAGUUUUGCGCACCCCAUCAAAGCAGCCGACGUUGGUGUUAUCAGAGCUGCAAUGUGCGACUACCACCCUAAAGACGCCGACCAAACCACCAGAGACUAAUAACAACGACCCGUGGACCCCGACCGCAAACCUGAAGAUGCUGAUCAGUGCAGCCAGUCCUGAAAUCCGGAACCGAGAGCGGGAGAUGCUGGAGGAGCAGUUUUCUGGAGACGAACUUGAAAAAACACUACCGAGCCGCAAAGAAAAAAGCUUGGGUUUGCUGUGCCAGAAAUUUCUUGCGCGGUACCCCGAUUACCCCAAUCCGGCUGUCAAUAACAGCAUAUGUUUAGAUGAAGUCGCAGGGGAGCUGAGUGUUGAGCGCAGACGAAUUUACGAUAUCGUUAACGUCCUAGAAAGCUUGCAUAUGGUCAGCCGUCUCGCCAAGAACAAGUACAUCUGGCACGGCCGCCAAAACCUCAACAAAACCUUCGAGGCGCUGCGACAGGUUGGCGAGGAGUGUAAAUACGCCGACCAGAUCCUCCAUCUGAAGAAACGAGAGCAGGAGGAGCCGGAGUCUUUGGAGGAAGCCCCGAUUCCCAAAUCCUGGGUGAAGCAGACGGAGAUCAGCUUCGUGGAGCUUCCGGGACUGGAGUUCAGAGCCGCAUCAGUGAACAGCAGGAAGGAGAAGUCUUUACGAGUGAUGAGCCAGAAAUUUGUCAUGCUCUUCCUGGUGUCCAAACCACAGAUUGUGAGCCUGGAAAUUGCUGCCAAAAUUCUAAUCGGAGAAGAUCAGAUUGAUGAUUUGGAUAAAAGCAAAUUCAAAACAAAAAUCCGGCGUUUAUAUGACAUCGCUAACGUCCUGAGCAGUCUGGGUCUCAUAAAGAAAGUCCAUGUGACGGAGGAGAGGGGGCGGAAACCAGCGUUCCAGUGGACGGGGCCCGACGCUUGUACCGGACAGCAAGAGUCCUCUCCUGGCCACACGUUGCCCAGCUCUGUAGCGCUGGAUCUGAGAUCUCCUAAGGAGAAUUGUGCCAAGAAUCUGUUUUCCUCCCGCGGAAAGCAGAGCUUUACCCGCCACCAGUCUUUAAUCAAACUGGCCAGGAGUAUAGAAAACGACCGGCGGAAGAUCAACUCUGCGCCCAGCAGUCCUGUAAAGAGCGAUUCCAGUGACCUCUCCAUCCCCAGCAAGAUGGCUCAACUUGCAGCAAUCUGUAAAGAGCAGCUCGAUCAGACAAAGGAUGUAAAGAAGAUGAAAAUAAAGAUGUCGAGAGGGAACGCCAAGGUCGUUGUAAAGCCUCAGAACGCACCAUUGCAGCCGGCCAGUCCUCUUUUUUACCAGGCUCUUCCCCUCGUCCAGCCUCACGUCAGCUCCCCGACCUCCUACGCGGUCUAUCUGCAGCACCCGAACGGUAUUCAGGGACAUGCUGUCCUGUCUGCUCAGAAUUUCAUGUGUGAAGCCGCUCAAGGCGAUAAGAAUUCACUGGAAGACGACAAGAAGAUUCUCGUAUCCGGCGGGCCAGCUGAGAGCGAUUCUCUGCAUGAGAAGUGUUCCUGGAAACUCCCAGAAUAUGACAAUGGUGCCUCCAAAAGGAUUAAAGUUUCAGGACAAGAGGAUAUGGCGGAGAGAUUGUUCCCUUCCGGGUAUCUGAUCCCCUUGCAAUUGGCACAGAUGGGCAAUGAGUCUAGGAAAGAUCACACCACUUCCUGUACCGAUCAGAAGAUAUUCACUUCUCCUGUCACAGGUCUCAUCCCACUGAAGUUCAUGUUAUCACCAGGCUCAAUGGCUCCUCUGCCUGUUAUGGGCCAGGCUGCACCUCCUGUAACUUCUUCCGCUUCUUCUUGCCCGGGUUCCAGUUCGGGGAUAAUGAACUUCACCCUACACAACAAGGACCUGAUAUCGCCUCCUUGUGGUAGCUCGCAGCCCAUCACCAUCUCUCCACGAAACAGGAAACACCUGGAGGAGCUGCAGACAGCCCAAAUGUUAAACUAUAAACACCUUUCACCCGUCCCGUAUCAUGGACAGCCCUUCACUCUCUUUGCUGUACCACAGGCAGGGGUUCCCCUCACUCCUAAAGGAUCUCAACCACUGAAGGACAACUUCUUCCGCACCCCAGGGGGUGUGACGUCUUCGCCGAUCAUGUCCUCCACUCCCAACGGAGGAUCUCAGGGACCUGUUUAUGUAUCGCAAAGAAAACUUGAUGUGGGUGGAGAUGAUUAGCCUUUGACCUGUCCCUCGGUUUUUUUACUGUCUUGAGGCUCAUUGCCUAAAUCUGUAGGAUGCUCGCAUCUAAAAGUCAUGUGAAACUCUCUCAGGAACACCUUGAGAAACAAAGCGGGACAAUUUAGGGGCCUCUGCCAAUUGGCUGCUGGAGUUCUACAACAGCCUUAUACAGGUCCUCUUAGCCCAGUCUAGGGAGCUGUGACUUUAUUUCUCGACUUGAAGUGGAAUCGCUAUUGGCAGCAAAGUCCACACGAUUUCUACACGCAGACACAAUUUUACUAUGUUUUGUGCCAAUUUUGAUACUUUUUAUUCUUUUAUUUAAGCAUUUGGAAUUUAAUUUUCUUUAACGUUUUAAUGCCUGCUUAUGAUUUUUAAGGAGAAACGACUAGGACGGCAUGGGUUAAGCUAUGACAUACGGGUUUCGCCUAUUGCAGCUAUUCUCAACCAGGAUUCCUCUAGGGCAAACUUCAGCUGUUGCUGAGCUGUAAAUUCCACGACGCGUUUCAAGACUCUGACAACCACAAGCAUGACCUGCAGAGAGGCAUGAUGGCAAUUGUAGUCCCACAACAGCCGGCGAGCCAAAGUACCUACCCCUGCUCUGACGGUUGGUAGGGGGUUCAUAAGCUGGUGGUGACUGGGCUCGCAUUUUGAUGGUGCCUGCAAAGCCUACACCACUUUGCAUCUUUCCAACAGCAUGACACUGGAGAUGGCUGUCUGCAAGGGGGGGAGGGGGGAAUUCUUCCAACUGAUUGGGGCAUUUCUUCCUCUCACCCCACCCAAAUUAAAUUGGUUGAGCCCUGAAAAUUAUUAAAAGGUUUCCACUGGGGUAAAAAAACAAUGCGAUGGAGGCAGAAUCUGAUGUUGUAAAAGUCUUCUUCGGCCUUCUCUGCCAUGAGCAUUAGAAGACCUCCUCCAAAACCUCUACGGCUAAUAUGCAUUUAAUGACUAUGCUUACUGGAAGAGCAGAACUUGGCCAUAGAGUAUACGCGCGGCGCGACUCCUUAUUUCUAUUCACUGCUUUUUUAAGGAGAUCCAAUUUUUAUUACAUUUAUAAAAGCUCCUGCCAAGGGCUUUCCCAGAAGAUGGUUAGAUUGGGGGGG